GACCAUUGCAGGAUCAUGUUCAUGAGAGAAUUCAAGACCAUUGACAGCGCAGAGUCUGCCGACAAGUUGCGCAUGCGCCUGAAGGACCAGGAACUCGAACAGUAUGGUGACUCCAUUACCCCCGAAUAUGUUUACGACACAAUCAAGCAGUUGCCUCGCUUUUCAUCGAUGAGACGUGGUCAUCAACAAGAUGCUGAGGAGUUCCUUGGCUUCUUGCUCGAUGGCAUUCACGAUGAAUGUAUGACUGUAAUGCGCAAGGCUGGAGUCGACUCGGAUGAUUCUGCUCAACCCGCAUCGCCUGCCAGCACUACUUCCGGCGCGAACCCUGACGCUGGCUGGCUCGAAGUCGGUCCCAAGCAGAAGCAGUCUGUCACUCGUCAGAGUGGAGAAUCUUUGUCCACUCCCAUCACCCGCGUUUUCGGAGGUUCUCUUCGCUCGGAGCUUCGCGUUCCUGGUCUCAAGAACUCGGUCACUAUGGAACCCUAUCAACCUCUGCAACUGGACAUUGGUGCACCCGAUGUGAACAACAUCAUCCAAGCAUUGAAGGCCAUCACGAAGCCGGAGACCUUGACUGGAGACUUCGGCUCGCCUCGUGGGCCUGGCACAACUGCUGUCAAGCAGGUCUUCAUUGAAAGCCUUCCACCGGUCUUGAUCCUCCAUCUGAAGCGUUUCCAGUAUGACAACACUGGCGGCACCCAGAAGAUUUGGAAGAAGGUCGGCUACCCGCUUGAAUUGGAAAUCCCUAAGGAGGUCUUUGCUCCUCAGAAGCGUGGUGGUUUGGCUGCCCAGGGUGGUGCUCCCAAGUACCGCCUCACGUCUGUCGUUUACCAUCAUGGUAAGAGUGCUGCUGGCGGUCACUACACUGUUGACAUUCUUCGACAAGACGAGCGCGAAUGGAUCCGUGUCGAUGACACCAUCAUCCGCCGUAUUCGUCCCGAGGAUGUGGCAGAGGGUGGUUCCGAGGAAGAUCCCAGAGUUCUGGCGCGCGCGCUCGAGCAGCACAAGGCAGACUCGGAUGCCUCCAAGCGUAACUUGUUCGAGGGUCUGGACGGCGAUGAUGACACGGAUAGCGUGCGCAGCUGGAACGAGGUCAACGGUGCCAACAAGAAGCCCACUUGGACCUCGGCUGUCGCCAAUGGAUCGUCAUCUGGCAAGCGUACGCCACUGGCCAAGGACAAGAGCAGUGUAAAGGAUAACAAGGUCGCAUAUAUUCUGCUUUAUGAGAAGAUGACGGGUUGA